AUGACUAGCCUUGACUCACAGGAAGUCGCUGCUCCAGUACAAGUCCCUCAUGGCUCACGCAACAUCACCAUCUUGUACGCAACCGAGACAGGAAACGCUCAAGAUGCUGCGGACAGGAUCGCAAUCAGCUGCAGAAGAAUACGUUUGGUUUGCCGUGUCAUGAGCAUGGAUGCAUACCCUCUUACCGAUCUAGUCUUGGAACAUCUUGUUGUAUUCGUUGUAUCCACAACUGGCACAGGCAAGGAGCCCCGCUCGAUGACACCCAUGUGGAACAUGCUGCUCAGGUCUGACUUGCCAUCCGAUCUAUUCGAGGAUCUCGAAUACGCCGUGUUUGGCCUUGGAGAUACGGCAUAUGAAAAGUUUUGUUGGCCAUCGAAGAAGGUCUCUCGGCGCUUGGAGAGCUUAGGGGCAACUGAGAUAUGCGCGAGGGGAGAAGGCGAUGAUCAGCAUCCUCUAGGCAUAGAUGGAGCUCUGGAGCCUUGGACUAGGAAUCUCACAGAGAUACUGUCGCAUCUCCAUCCCCUACCACCUGGGAUAGACGUGUACUCGGCCGACAGCCUGUCUCCUCCUCGAAUCGCGUUGCACGAAACGCCGGAAGAGACGAUCUCGGAGGACAAGGAUCCCCUAAUGACCGACAGGGAGUAUCACACAGCUACAGUAACGCUGAAUGACCGUAUAACUGCGUCCGAUUGGUAUCAAGAUGUCCGGCAUCUUGAGUUUCACUGUGACGAUGAUAUCUCCUAUGAGCCUGGAGAUGUCGCCGUGAUACAUCCAGAAGCAUCACCCGUCGAUGUCGAUGCUUUUUUGAUCACAGUCGGCUGGGCGAACGUUGCGGAUGAUCCUGUCAGAAUCGAGCGCGUAUUGGAAGAUCAGACGUUUCCAGACCAUUUACCAUCCGUCUCAACUCUCCGAAUCAUAUUCACUCGUUACUUGGACAUCAACGCUGUGCCAAAACGAUCAUUCUUUAACCUCCUUCGGCAUUUCACAUCUGACGAGCGGGAAAAAGAGAAACUAGAUGACUUUGUAUCUGCAGAAGGGGCGGAUGAAUUGUAUGAGUACUGUCAACGCGUUCGACGGACCAUUCGUGAGGUCCUGGAAGAGUUCCGGCAUGUCAAAAUACCCAAGGACUAUAUCUUUGACCUCUUUCCGUCGUUGCGACCAAGGCAGUUCUCAAUCGCAAGUUCCAUAAUCCACCAUCCUCACGAAAUCCACCUAUGUGUUGCCAUCGUGCAAUACCGGACGAAGCUGAAAAUCCCCAGACGUGGCGUAUGCACUGCGUUUCUCGCCUCACUACGCCCAGGUGACACGCUUCGCAUCGGUCUACAGAAGGGACUAUUGUCCCUGCCCAGCGGUACUGACACGCCCGUGAUAUGCGUGGGUCCGGGGACAGGCGUUGCGCCUAUGCGCGCCCUGCUCGAGAAACGUAUACACAUAGGUGCAACAAGCAACACGCUAUAUUUCGGGUGUCGUUCGGCCGCAAAGGACCAGCACUACCACGGCGAAUGGAAGUCGUACGCGGAGAGCGGAGAACUCACGUACCGCGCUGCAUGCUCGCGAGACGUACCUGGGGUGAAAAGGACAUAUGUGCAGGAUCUGAUCUCCGAAGACAGCCAGAGGGUAUGGGAGCUUGUGGGGAGCCAAGGCGCAUGGAUAUAUAUAUCAGGAUCUGCGAAUAAAAUGCCUGCAGGGGUCAGAGGUGCGAUUGUGGAGGCGGCGCGAAUACAUGGUGGGAUGGAUGAUGAGGCGGCGAAGGUAUUCGUGAGUCGUAUGGAACGUGAGGGGCGACUGAUGGAGGAAUGUUGGAGUUGA